GAUUUAUCUUUUAUUGCAAUGUGUAAGGUGUUCCCUAGGUAAUGUAUUUGUAACUCAAAAUACUUUAUACACGAUUAAACACAUACUUAUGAGCUUAUCAAUCAUAGCUAAUCAAUUUAAAGUAAGAAAAAACGAUAAGCUUAUCAAGUGACGAUACUAUUACAUGACAUUUAACUCCUGCCAUUUUUAUUUUUGGCUGCGCAGUGUUUCAUCUACCACGAGUCGAUCAACAAUCUGUUACAUUAUGACCGAGUUCAAAAGCCAAAAGUUAUGGGGCGGUCGCUUCGUAACAGGCAUUGACCCGACGUUGAACAAGAUCAAUGCAUCUAUCCACAUAGACAAACGUAUGUACGUGGAAGACAUCCAGGCGAGUAUCGCUUAUGCGGAAGCUUUGAGCAAAGCGAAGCUAUUGACGGACAUCGAGAAUGAGCUUAUAGAGAAUGGUUUGAAGCAGAUUCUAAAGGAAUGGGAGAACAACGAUUUCGCUCUGACACCCGACGACGAAGAUAUCCAUACCGCUGUGGAACGGAGGCUCACGGAACUAAUCGGUGACACCGCACGAAAACUGCACACCGGAAGAAGUCGCAAUGACCAAUGCAUCACCGACACGAAGCUCUGGCUUCGAAAAUCCAUCGAUUACCUGAUCGAAACGUUAGUCGACGUUAUACAGGUAAUGACGCUUCGCGCCGAGGAGAACAUCAACGUAAUAAUGCCCGGUUACACGCACUUGCAACGCGCUCAACCGAUUCGAUGGAGUCAUUGGCUUCUGAGCUAUGCCUGGAGCUUGAAAAACGACGCGAACAAGCUGAAGCAGAUGCGGAAGAACGUGAACGUAAUGCCGCUGGGCAGCGGAGCUUUAGCCGGAAAUCCGUUCGACAUCGAUCGCGAAGCUCUGGCCACGAGUCUCGGCUUUGACGGAGCCACGGAAAAUAGCAUGCACGCUGUGGGAGAUCGCGAUUUCAUCGCUGAUUUUUUGUACUGGACUUCCUUGACUUCGAUGCACCUCAGCCGGUUCGCCGAGGAUGUGAUAAUCUACAGCAGCCAAGAGUUCGAUUUCUUGAAAAUAUCCGACAGCUUUUCGACCGGUAGCAGUCUUAUGCCCCACAAGCGCAACCCCGAUAGCAUGGAACUGAUCAGAGGAAAAUCUGGUACGAUGCUUGGCAAGUGUGUAGGAUUUCUGACUACGCUGAAAGGUAUACCUUCGACUUACAAUAAGGAUCUUCAAGAGGACAAGGAGGCACUAUUUACUGCCUACGACACUGUGACAGAUUUGCUCGUCGUUGCUCGGGAAACUAUAAAAACUUUAGAAGUGAACUCCGACAAAUGUCGAGCAGCUUUGACGCUAAAUAUGCUAGCAACUGAUCUGGCUUACUAUCUCGUGCGGAAAGGGAUUCCAUUUCGAAAUGCUCAUCACAUUGUCGGUCAGAUAAUCUGUGCAACCGAAACCGAAAAGAUACCGAUUAAAGAAUUUCCAGUUUCAAAAUUGAAAAACUUUUCACCCGUUUUCGAUGAGGAUGUCAAAAAUAUCUGGAAUUUCGAAAGCAGUGUAGAACAAUACAAGACUUGCGGUGGCACAAGUUUAGCAGCAGUACAACAACAAAUUGACACCCUCAACAAUUGGUUGUCACAAAGUAAUUCGAAGCAAUAUAAUGAAUUAUAAUAAACGUGUUAAAUGAUAAUCAAAAAUUGCGAACUGCUUUCAUUGACAGCCUAGAGCUGAUUACAAUUUUUUGCAUACCAUUUAGGUUUAUUGUAAAUUUCAAUACAUCUUAUAUCAUUCACUUCGGUAUACAAAAUUAGUUUUAUAAUGAUAUUUCUCUUUCGGCUUAACUGAAAAUACUAUUAUUUUCAUGACUUGGUCUUUGUUCUGUCAAUGAGGAAAUGGAUAAAGACGUUUUUUAUCGAUAGAUUUACAAGCAAUAUUUUUGAAGAAGGCCAAUGAUAUGUAAAAAUACAUCUAUUAUUUCUAUAUACAAUACUCUAGAAUAUAAGCGCAGUAACCAAGAUAUACACAUACUAUACAUAUAAUUACAAGUGAGAUUUAAUCAAACAGUUAAAGAUCUCUUUUUGACCAUUAUGGGACAAAAUUAUGUCAGUUAGUCAAAGACUUGACAUUGAACACUACAUUUUAUGCUGUAAAAUAAAAUUUUUUGACCAUAUUUAUUUCUCUAUAAUCAUUUUUAUAAUUUUUUCAACAUUUUGAAUCGGGAAUCGAACUAGUAUGUUUUAUCUCUCGCUACAUCAAGACUAAUAAUUCUUUUUGAAUAAAAAUAGUUAAUAUACAUUGGGACAUAAUUUUUCCAUAUGAUUAUCGGUAACACUUAGACACAAAUGCACCCAAUGUACGACAAAGGAACUGCAAUUUAAGUAAAAAUAAAAACAUUGUCAGAA